UGAGGCUCCUUUUGCCCUCCUGUGGGGGAAAGUCUGCAGUGAGGCCAGGGAAGGCCUGGGAGCCCCUUUGAGCCCUCCUCCUUUCUCCUCCCCCCAGGCACACACAAAGGAAGUCUCCCCCCCUCGGGGCUGCCACCCCCUGAAGGAACCCAGGGUGGCCCCAGCAGAGAGCCCGCAGCCAGAGGAAUGGCUCCCGGGACCUCGAGGCCCCCCUCCCAGGGGUCAAUAACAUUCAAGGAUGUGGCUGUGGACUUCACCCAGGAAGAGUGGUGCCUAUUGGACCAUUCUCAGAAAGCCCUGCACCUAGAAGUCAUGCUGGAGAAUGUGCAGAACCUACUUUCUGUGGGGCUUCCAGUUCCUAUAGAAAAUUUUAUCUCCUGCUUUCAGCAAGGGAAAGCACCAUGGCUGCUAGAGCAAAAAGGCCCAAGGAGCUCCUGUCCAGAAACAGAGACUAAUUUUGAAGUGAAGGAGUUGUCUAGAAAGGUGAACCUUAUUAUUGAAGGAUCUGGCCCCCAAGGAUACAUUAAUGAGAAUCCUCAUGACUUCUUUUUGAGAGAAAUCUGUGACUCUACUAUCAAGGUAAAUCAAAAUCCAAAGAGUGAAAGUGAAUUUGAUGAAACUGUAGAGAAAUUCACCCAAUAUUCAGUCCUACCUCAAUAUAUGAAAUUGACCUCAGGAAAUGACUAUUGUCAGGAAAGUGAAUAUAGGAAAUGCAUUCAUGAAGAAGUAGGAUUUGUUCUGUCAUCUGAGACAGCUGAAAUGCCCAUGUAUGAAGGUAAUGUAGGAGGAAUGGCCUUGGGCUAUAGUUUAGACCUCAUUAGACAUCCAAAAAAUAAACACAGCGAGAUGGUUUCUGUAAGUGAUAAAGGUAGGAGACCUUUCAGUCAAAACUCUGAGCUUCCUUCAUGUCAGAGAAUCCACACUGGAGAGAAACCUUUUGAAUGUAAACAAUGUGGAAAGGCUGUCACAUGGAGGGCCUCUAUUGCUGCACAUCAGAGCAUCCACACUGGAGAAAAAAUGUAUGAAUGUAAACAGUGUGGGAAGCCUUUUAUACAGAUUGGCCAUCUUGCCAGACAUCAGACAAUCCACUCUCCAGAGAAACCUUUUAAAUGUAAACACUGUGGAAAGGUUUUCACACAGAGGGGCAGUCUUGCUGCACAUCAGAGUGUCCACACUGGAGAGAAACCUUAUGCAUGUAAACAAUGUGGAAAGGCUUUCACAUGGAGGGCCUCUCUUGCUGCACAUCAGAGCAUCCACACUGGAGAGAAACCUUAUGAAUGUAAACAGUGUGGAAAGGCUUUCAGACAGAGGGCCACUCUUGAUGCACAUCAGAGAAUCCACACUGGAGAGAAACCUUAUGAAUGUAAAAACUGUGGAAAGGCUUUUACAAUUAGAGACUCUCUUACUGCACAUCAGAGAAUCCACACUGGAGAGAAACCUUAUGAAUGUAAACAGUGUGGAAAGGCUUUCAAAGAGAGGGGCCAUCUUGCUAAACAUCAAAGAAUCCACACUGGAGAGAAACCUUAUGAAUGUAAACACUGUGGAAAGGCUUUCACACAGAGGGGUCAUCUUGCCAGACAUCAGACAAUCCACUCUGGAGAGAAACCUUUUGAAUGUAAACAUUGUGGAAAGCUUUUUACACAAAGGGGCAGUCUUGCUACACAUCAGAGCAUCCACACUGGAGAGAAACCUUAUGAAUGUAAACACUGUGGAAAGGCUUUCAAACAGAGGGGCCAUCUUGCCAGACAUCAGACUAUCCACACUGGAGAGAAACCUUAUGAAUGCAAACACUGUGGAAAGGCUUUCACACGGAGAGACUCUCUUGCUGCACAUCAGAGCACCCACUUUGGAGAGAAACUUUAUCGUAUGGGAUAAAAUCAUGCUUUAUUCCCCAGCAUGCAUUAAUUAGUAUUAGUAAUCUUUGAUUGGCAACUUCCUAUAGAAAAUUAGUGAAAGUUUGGUGCCCUCCAGAAGGGAGAUACUAAUUCCUCCUUAUAGAGAGUAGAGAAAUCCCCCUCCCCAGCAGCUUUUUAUAUAUACAUAAAUAUAUACCUUCAAUUCACUCUUUUCUAAUGUGGCCAUAAACUUCCAUUUUAAAAAAUUAUUGUAGAUUAAGUGGUUAGAUUCUAAUUGUGUGAAGGAGAUCAUGGAGUGGAUUGGGUCAGGAUAGAAUGGCAUCAGGAAAAAGGCAGCAAUAGAGUCAAGAAAUUAGGAAACAGGGGUCAAGGCAGAUGUCCCCUAUAUGGCACCAUGGGGUGCCCCUCUAGGAGGCCUAGGCAAAAUAGAAAGCCAUAGUUAGCUCUUGAGACUUGAUGAGUGAGGGUUAGUGGGAAGAAAAAAAGUUUGAUAAACUGAGGGAAGAGCAGAUUUCACUCUCUUCUCUUUCAAUUUUGUUGCUUGCAGGAAUUUCCUGUGAGCUUGGCUAGGGAGCCCUAAUGGCAGAGACAGAAUAGCAAGCUAAAUGGAGCAACCAGGAAAGUAACUUAUAUAUCUCUCCUCUUUUCCCCUCCUUUUGGAGGCCCCAAGACACAAUGGGCAGCCACGAGGCCACUGCUCACCUGCCACCCUGGCAUCCCCACUAUGGGCUUUUCUCCAAGCACUGCUCCCUCGUCCUUGGAGAACCUGCUUUCUUACUUAGAAUCCCACAAGCUAGUGCACCUGCCACAUACUUACUAACAAUAAAAAUGCAGGCAAUUUAAAAAUAAAUAAUGAAAUUAAACAUAAUUAAAAAAACAAAAAUUUAUAAAAUUUAAAAAUCAAAUAAAACCAACUUGAACAAUAUAAAAUAAAGUAAAAUAAUCUAUAUACAUGCAAAUUUAAUUCAUUUGGUACAUCCGUUCUGUAAUCCAUUAUUUCAAAAGUGAUUGCCUUUCAUUUUUUUCUUAUUUUCCCCUAACACCAAAGUCCAGUUUUCUUGCCUUUUAAAGGAAAUAAGUAUGCAUUUUUUAGAGUAUUGGAAAUGGUUUAGAGUUCUUUAAUUAUUUGAUUUUGUACAAUUCACUGCUGAGCCCUAGGCUCAGUUCCACAUAACUGCUGAGGUGACCAUAAUGCUAAACUGCCCCCCUCAAGUUGGGGUUACUUUUUUGUAGCCGCAACAGCCAUAGCAGGAGCCCCAAACAGAUAGGGAAGAAAGACUAGGGUUUUUUCUAAAUUUAGGGAACAAAAACAGUAGCUUCUUUCCAGAUAAUCCACUAAUAAUCCCCCAUUCUUAGGACUAUUACUAUGAAGAAGCCAUGUUCCUCCAGGUUUGCCAUUAUAUAAAUUACUAAGUGAUUUGGAUGAACCAGGAUUUCCCAAGGAGCACUGGAUAUCAAGGAAGGAGACAAAGAGGUUGUGUGAAACCUGAACAUUGAAGUUUUACCUGGCCCCACUUUGACUCUUUUAUCUUUAAAUUCUAAAAGAACUGAAAUCAAUUAUUGGCAGCAAGGUUUCUAGAGAAUAUUCCAACUCAUGGCUAUAGGCAUAUCGCCUUGAUGAUUCAACCAAGGCAUGUAUUACCAAUAAACUCUUGGUUAAAUCUGAAAAGAUUGACACCCUGGCUUCUUCCCAGCUUACCUGCCAUGAGGCUACUUCUUAUUUUGAUCCAGGUCAUCUUGACUGCUUCAGCACUUCCCCCUAACAUGCCCCUCUCACCUCCCAGCUCACCUUUGAUACCAUUUCUCUGGCCCCCCUCACUGGCUAACUUGUGCCCUGCCCAUGCUUACUCUAGCUGUGCCGAGCCUCUACCUUGCUCUGCCCACCUUUUCUGUUGCCUUGCCCAGCUAUUCCCUCCCCCUGUCUUCCCCUUGCCUAGCUUCCCCCCUCCCUCUCUCUUUUCCUUCCCUACCUACCAAACACCUCUUCCCCCUUGGACAUCUCUCACAACAUCUCCUCCACCUUCCCCCACCACACCCUCACAUUGUGCUCAGUCUCCACUCAAACAAUGAGCUUGGCUCCAUCCAAUAGUAGAUGUUCCCACUAUUGUUAGGUAUAUAAUACAUAUUUUUAAAUAAUGGUGUUGCAAGGUUUUUACAUAGUAACUAAGUUGAAUUUGAAUUAUCAUCUUUAGGUAGUUUUGUUUCUGUAAAAGUAUAGGUACAAGUGUAUUAUUUUGCUAUUGUAAAUAUCUGUAACUGUAAUUAUCUGUAUGAAAUGUGUGACUUGCAUUUUGCAAGAUGUUUUACUUUCUUCUUCCUGUUUACUUUUCCUCUUUUCAGUAUAGAAUAUAGAAUAAGAAUAGGUAGGUUAAAUGAUUCAUUGGGGAGAUAGGUCUCCCAAUAAAUCACAGGGGGAAUGUUGUGAUAAGGAUUCAUUUAGUUUUGUUAAGAGCUGGUUUUAGGUCAGAAAAAGGGUUUGUGACUUUUCCACAGUCCACUUUCUUAAGGGGACAAACAGAGUUUACUGUGGCCUCUUUAAGAAGCCUUUCUUAAAAAGGAGCUUGCUUGGAAGUUAAGUUCCUGUUUCUUGGCCAUCCUCUGGAGAGGAAGUUGCUGAGUUUUUUCUCUGACAGCAAAAGAAGCUAUUUAGUGACUUUAGGUACUAUUUAUUUGAGAAUUGGAUACUAAACUGAGAAAGAGUAUUUACUGAGCUUUUCCCCUCUGAACCAGAGGAAGAGCUGAAGAGCAGUUGUUUUUUGUUUUUUGUUUUUAUCACUGAGGUGAGAGUUGUGUUAGAAGUGAAGGGAGACUAACUGGCAGAGGCCUGGUUCUUCUGUGACUUCUAGAGAGAGAGAAAAACUGCUUUAACUUCUCUCUGGAGAUUACAUAUUACUUAAGGAGUUUAUAGCAUAGCUUAAGUUAGACAGAAAUAUUAUUUAAGGUAGCUUAGAGUAGUUUGUUAGGCCUGUUCACAGGCAAGAAGAAAAUCUGUGAGAAGUAAGAUUUGGGGAGAAUUUAUUUUUAUAUUAUAGAAUAAGGUUAGAGAUUCCCUGUCAUUUCUAUUCUAUUUUCUAACUCUAAAGUUUCCACCUCCUAUAUCCUAUCCCUAUCUCAACUUGGAAAUAAAUUAGAGUUGUAUUCAACUGUUUCCUGGCCUUCUAUCCAAAUAGAAUAGUUCAAAUAGUUCAACUUCAAGUAGUUCAACCCUAACAGCUUUAGUUACUUAUCAAUGUUCAAUAGUUAUAACAGCUUAUCAAUAAUAGUUUGAGUUUCAACAUACCAGCUAUUAUUUACUUAUAACACCACUUAGUAUAGACAAGGGGAUUAGUAAAUAUUAGAUAUCAAACACCCUUUUCUCCACAAGAUAUUGAGGGAUUCAGUGAGAAAACUCCUGCCUUUGAUAAGGCACCUAUGGUGGUGAUUAAAAAGUUUGAAAGUAUAUUUAGCACAUAU